GGGGCGGCGGCGGCGGCUCCGCGAUGGCGGCGGGCGCGGGGCUCCCGGUGAGGGGGGAACGGCGCGGAGCGCCCCCGGGAGGGCGGCCGGGGAUCGCCAUGGCCACGGACCGCAGGUAGGGCCAUGGCGUCCCCGCUGGAGCCGGCCGCGCAGGCGGAGCCCGAGGCGCUGAGCCCGGACGAGCUGCAGCUGCUGGCCAAGCUCGAGGAGCAGAACCGGCUGCUGGAGGCCGACUCCAAGUCGAUGCGCUCGGUGAACAGCUCUCGGCGCAACAGCGGCUCCUCGCUGGUCUCCAGCUCCUUGCUGCUGGAGGCCGACUCCAAGUCGAUGCGCUCGGUGAACAGCUCUCGGCGCAACAGCGGCUCCUCGCUGCCCACCUGGAGGAGCACAUCUUGGAUCCUUUUGGGCCCAUUCUGUGCCCAUUGUGCCCACUGUGCCCAUUCUGUGCCCCCGUGGAGGAAGAAGAAGGAGAAGCUGCUCAAGGAGCUGAUCCGGAAGGGGAUCCCGCACCAUUUCCGCGCCAUCGUGUGGCAGCUGCUGUGCAGCGCGGCCGAGCUGCCGCUCAAGGCUCAGUACUCGGAGCUGCUGCGCAUGAGCUCCCCCUGCGAGCGCCUGAUCCGCCGGGACAUCGCCCGCACCUACCCCGAGCACGACUUCUUCAAGGGCCAGGACAGCCUGGGCCAGGAGGUGCUCUUCAACGUCAUGAAGGCCUACUCUCUGGUGGACCGGGAGGUCGGUUACUGCCAGGGCAGCGCCUUCAUCGUGGGACUGCUGCUCAUGCAGAUGCCGGAGGAGGAGGCGUUCAGCGUCUUCGUGCGCCUGAUGCAGGAGUACCGGCUGCGCGAGCUCUUCAAGCCCAGCAUGGCCGAGCUGGGGCUCUGCAUCUACCAGUUCGAGUUCCUGCUGCAGGAGCAGCUGCCGGAGCUGAACGUGCAUUUCCGCUCGCAGAGCUUCCUCACCUCCAUGUACGCCUCGUCCUGGUUCCUCACGCUCUUCCUCACCACCUUCCCCCUGCCCGUGGCCACGCGCGUCUUCGACAUCUUCAUGUACGAGGGUCUGGAGAUCGUGUUCCGCGUGGGGAUGGCCCUGCUGCAGUUCAACCAGGCCGAGCUGGUGCAGCUGGACAUGGAGGGCAUGUCCCAGUACUUCCAGAAGGUGAUCCCUCACCAGUUCGACUCGUGCCCGGACAAGCUGAUCCUGCGCGCCUGCCAGGUCAAGUACAACCCCCGCAAGAUGAAGAGGCUGGAGAAGGAAUACGGCGCCCUCAAGAGCAAAGAGAUGGAGGAGCAGAUCGAGAUCAAGCGGCUCCGCUCUGAGAACCGCCUGCUCAAGCAGCGCAUCGAGACCCUGGAGAAGGAGAGCGCGGCCCUGGCCGAUCGCCUCAUCCAGGGCCAGGUGACGCGGGCGCAGGAGGCCGAGGAGAACGACGUCAUCCGGCGGGAGCUGGCGCUGGUGAGGCAGCGCUGCAGCUCGGCCACCGAGAGCCUGAGGCGGGCACAGAGCACCAUCCGCGAGCUGCAGGCUAACCCCCGGCUGAGCGAGGAGUUCGUGGCGCACCUGGAGACGGAGCUGGAGCGGUCGCGGCUGCGCGAGAGCGAAACCCUGGGGGCCCUCAAGGAGAUGCAGGACAAGGUCCUGGACAUGGAGAAGCGGCAGCCGCUGCUCCCGGAUGACUCCAGCGUGGUUCGGCUGCAGGAGGAGCUGCAGGAGCUGGCACUGAGGGACAUCGGGGACAUCGGGGACAUGGGGGACACCUGGCAGGUGAGACAUGGGGACAUCGGCGACACCUGGCAGGUGAGACAUGGGGACAUCGGGGACACCUGGCAGAUGUCCCCAGUGUCCCCAGAUGUCCCUAUACCUGACGAGGUGUGUCCCCAGGUGUCCCCAGGUGUGUCCAGUGUGCGAGGGCGGCGGCUGCACGAGGCCGUGCUGGGGGUGCAGCUCCGCGAGAGCCAGGCCCAGGCGGAGCUGAGGGCGCUGAGACAGCGCGUGCUGCACCUGGAGACACAGGGGCGGAUCCAGCGGUCGGUGCUGGGCCGGGCCGAGCAGGCCUGCGGGAGCAGGGCUGGCCAGGGGCUGCAGGCCCAGCUCAGCGAGAGCCACCGGAAACACGCCGAGGCUCAGUGCAAGAGCAAGGAGGAGGUGAUGGCCGUGCGGCUGCGCGAGGCCGACAGCAUGGCCGCCCUGGCCGAGAUGAGGCAGCGCGUGGCCGAGCUGGAGAUCCAGCGGGAGGAGGGGCGGCUGCAGGGCCAGCUGGAGCACUCGGACGCGGCGCAGUACAUCCGGCACCUGCAGGGCCACAUCCGGCAGCUCAAGGCCCAGAUCCGGCUGCUGCGGGGGCCGCUGUCCUUCGGCGCGGUGGCCCUGGGGACGCGCCUGGGGGACGAGGACUCGCUGGGCUCCUCGGACGAGGAGCUGCCGCCGCCCUUCGCCCUGAGCCCGGGGGACAUCGGGGACACCGGGGACACCGGGGACAGCAGCGACAGCGAGCCCGAGGUGGCACCAGUGGCACCGUGACACCCAGGGGACACCGGGGACAGCAGCAACAGCG